UUCACCAAAAUUGAGAGCACCCAAAAAAAAAAAAAUGUAAUAACGAAAAGAAGAGUUUGGGCGGCGAAGAAGACAGCAACGUGGAGAGGUGGGUGAGGCAGGCGAUGGCAGUUAUUAGCAACAAAUCAACAAUGCUCGGAACGCGAUUCUCAUUCUCCAUUCAUCAUUCAUCCAUCGCCAUGUCUCUCUCUUUCCAUUCUCACUCACCAUCCUCUCUUUCUCCGUCGUCUCUUAGGAUCGCAAGGAGCUUCCUAGGGACUGUUAUGACAGAUUUCUUUCAACCAAGACUUGGAAAUUGGCACUUAACAAGAAGAGGUGGAAGAUUGAUAUCAUUUAAGGGCUGUGUGAAAUUCGUACAUACCACAUGCCGUAUCUCUAUCCCCGGUACCUCGCCAGGAAAUGAUGUUAAACCCCCAUCUAACAAUAGCUUCAGGGAUAAGAAAGCAGUUCCUGAUGCAGACCCUCCCAGUAUCAAAGAUGUUAACCUUUUGUAUCAAUUUUUUGACCAAAGUACCAAGCUCAUGGUGUUGACUGGAGCUGGAAUUAGCACAGAGUGUGGGAUCCCUGACUAUCGAAGCCCCAAUGGAGCUUAUAGUACCGGUUUCCGACCAAUAACUCAUCAGGAGUUUCUCCGUUCAAGUCGAGCCCGGAGGCGAUAUUGGGCAAGGAGCUAUGCUGGGUGGAGGCGAUUUACUGCAGCACAACCUAGUGCUGCCCAUCGUGCUUUGGCAACAUUGGAGAAGGCUGGCCGCAUUGAUUUUAUGAUUACCCAAAAUGUUGAUAGGCUUCAUCAUCGCGCCGGUAGCAAUCCAUUAGAGUUGCAUGGUACUGUAUACACUGUAAUUUGUAUAGAUUGUGGGCAUUCCUUUUCCCGAAGCUUGUUUCAGGAUCAACUGAAGGAGCUUAAUCCAAAGUGGGCAGAAGCAAUUGAAAAUUUGGACCACGGAGACCCUGGGUCAGACAAGAGCUUUGGCAUGAAACAAAGACCUGAUGGUGAUAUUGAGAUUGAUGAAAAGUUUUGGGAGGAAGAUUUUGUCCUUCCAACCUGUCAGAAGUGCAAUGGAGUCCUCAAACCUGAGGUUGUCUUCUUUGGUGAUAAUGUUCCCAAGGACAGAGCUGAUAUGGCAAUGGAAGCAUCUAAAAGAUGUGAUGCUUUGCUUGUGCUAGGAUCCUCUCUGAUGACCUUCUCUGCUUUUCGACUUGUCAGGGCAGCUCAUGAAGCUGGUGCUGCCACUGCAAUUGUAAAUAUCGGGGAGACACGUGCUGAUGAUUUUGUACCCUUGAAAAUCAAUGCACGCUUGGGUGAGAUUCUUCCAAGAGUACUUAACACCGGAUCCAUAACAGUACCUGCCGUGCAGUUAUAGAAGACAACAAGACGUAUCCAGGUGUAUUGUUGAAUUCAACAAUGCUGCAAUACUUGUAAUUUGGAUAAUGUACAAUAGAUUGGUCGUAGCAGUUUGUUGUGCCAAGUUUACAGAAGUAAUAAUGUUAAGUUAUUGAUUUAGUUACUACAUUGUCACAGGAUGCUCAGAUAAAUUUGGCUACCUGGGUUUUAUCCUAUGAUUCUUGUAAUAUGUAUUGUAAUGGCACAGACCGAGUUAAGGACUGAUGUAAUCGACACUCAUGUACCCAUUCAUGGAUUUUUAUGUGAGAUGUAAUUUAGCAUAUAA